AUGAGUGCUAUCCUCCAAAGGAUUACGCCGCAGGCAAAUUUCUUCAACCUGUCGCGUUUGGCAGUGAGGUAUCCCGUUAUUUCCAUCUUUCUGCCUCUUCUGAUUUUGACCAUCAUCGCUUAUCCAACUCUUUCUUCCGCUUGGAGUGGCGAUAUAACUUCGAGGCAGUACCUAAGUAGGGUGGAAUUCGAGCCUUUCUUCACUGGCUCCUCUGCUAAUCUAUCAUUAGUGCAAGUGUGGAUAAAGCAUUUGAACGAAGACAAUAUCCUGAAAAAAAGCUCAUUGAUUGAGUCGUUGGCGCUUCAAAACCGCCUAUUGCGGAACACCGCAGGCUCCGAUCUUGUUGAAGUCUUACAAUCACCUUUUCAAUUGUGGAACAACUCGUUACAAGUUUUGCAAAAGGACAGGUCGCCUUUGAAAACUAUCAAUUAUGGGGCUAAUUCCAUUCCAAAACUUCUUCUGAGAAGAGUUCUCAAGGUGAAUGGGUUUGUCACGUCCGCUGAGAACAUGGUGAUCAAUAUUCUAACGCCAGGGGACAAGCAAGACGCGCUAAAAAGCAUCCUUGCGCAAAAUGUUGCAGAGCUGCAGUCACUAUCAAAUGUGACUGGCUUUAAAAUCGCGACCUCCUCUAUGCUUAGUAACGGUAAUGCUCCACAGGUUUCAUUCAGGUUUGACAUCUUGCCCAUGAGUCGACUGGAUUUUCUGGUUUCAGGGACUCUAUGCUUUCUUCUUAUACUACAAUUACUCAGGGCGUACAAAAGCAUUGUAUGGGUUAAGCACAAAUAUGGCAUUGCACUGGCGAUGCUAGCUGAAGUAACCGUAGGCACAGCUGCGUCGGCUACAAUUACGGGCUUUUUUUUCAAGGGCUAUGGGGAAAAUAACCCUACUUUUCUUGGGUGGCUUCCAAUAACUUUAAUUUCAACCAGUGGGCUUUUACGGUUACUCAAAGAAACUGCGGGUUCAUCCGUCACAGAUUCUAGGAAAAGCUAUCCUAUGGUUGCCUCUAAAGAAGAACCAGGCAGAAAGGGAACAAAGAAGUAUUUGGUAGCUUCCGCGCAAGUGAAUGCCUCUGUUUUUAGAACCACCAUUUUGGCUAUUGCAACAAGCACCUUUCUGUUUCCUUUUAAUCGCCAAUUGAGCUUUUUUUUCUCAGCUGCGCUUCUAAACACAUUCAUUCUUCAGCUCACUUUCUUCACAUCGGUGCUUAGUUUGGAUUAUAGGAUGCUCAGCAGCAACGACGUUCUCUUUUUAAAAAACAGCAACGAAAUUGAUGCGCGGUCCUUAGAUGAGGAAUUUUACGGCCACAAUGUCAAUUUGAAAGCAUACGUUAAAUCUUUGGCGAUUGGCUGGGACACUAUGCUGUCCAAGCCGCUCUAUUUCUGUAUGCCAUAUUUUUUCUACAUCAAUCUAAAAUUCAGGUCAGUGAGAUCUUCUUCCUCUUUGGUGUACAAAUUCGUUCAUGGUCAAUUCUCCAAGGCUGUGAGUUUUUCUUCUGCGAGGUCACCGGCACUAAUUGACAAAAAAUCCGUAUCUCAACUACUCUUUCAAAAGCAUGGAAAAGGAACUUUUAAUGUGGCAUUUUUACCCUCGGACACUAUUUUUGCUUUAAAAGGAGACGUCCCUGAUACUAAUAGUUUAUCUGGUAGCUAUCUCGGAGCCCUUCAGACACCUUUUGUUUCUUCGUACAAAUUUGACUUUUAUUUUUUUAUUGAGUUUAUUAUCACAGUGGUACUACUUUCAUCACUGGCGCUACUCGUAUUACAAAUUAUGCUAAGCAGAGUCGAAACUCCAAUUAAAUCUGAGGAUGACCCAGAAGUAUUCAACGCCGUGGACGAGAUGCAAUCUCGGAAAGAAACAGGCUCUAUAAUGAAAGCGGAUGAAACUGCUUUUCAUACCAAGGAACUAUCCCAUGGCGGCCAUACAUUAGACAUUGUGAGUAUACCAACGUCUGACUCACCUUUCAUUUUCUCGCUUGGAAUUGACCGUAAACUAUUUGUUUGGUCGCCAUUAUCAAAUCCCGUCCCCCCUCCAACAGAGAUACCAUUGAGCAAGCAGCUUUGGCCUGUAGCCAGAACAGUAACAAGCUCAAACGGGAACUUAACAGCCAUACUCAGCGAAGGGGGCAAGGUUGCUUGUUGGUCGCGAAGAAAAAUGUGUUUCCUGUGGUCAAUAAAGCUUGAUCAUCCGGGCAAAACAGUUUUGGAGUUGUUUUUCAGAAAAAGGACUAUACCAGCCUUUAUGAAAAAUAGGCCUACGGGGAAUACAAGCACAUCGGCUGGAAAGAUACGCGAUCAGAUCGGAGUCACCAGCCUUUCAAUGGGACGGAAAGACAGUAACGUGUCGGUUUCGUCCAUGAAAUCCUCCUCUUCCCUGGCGAAUGUAUUUGAUGCUCGCUAUAAUGACAAAGAGGCCGCUUCUAUACAUGAUGAAGAUGAUGGAACUGAACUCAUUUUCGUGACAACUGAUGGCUCUCUCACCUGCAUCGACAUUUCAGGAAAACCUGUGGUUAGCAAAGUCAUCUCUUCGCCGGUAGAGCUUGCCUCCUGCAAGAAGCUAGUAACGCCUAGAGUCAACGACAGGCUUGUUUUUUGUGACCAGCGCGGCAAAAUUUAUGUUUCAACCGUCGUCAACAACAAGUGGAGGACUCGGGAGCUGCAUAUAAUCAGAGAUUCUUUCAACAGGGGACAAAAGCUGAUGACACCUGCCACCCUCAAGAGACCAAGCGAGGUUUUGGGAAAUGGCCUCUAUUCGCCAAAUAGCGGAAGCGAGAUAUUCGAAAACAUAACUUUAUUAUUGAUCCCUUUCGUCGGUAUGCUAGUAUUAGCCAGAGGGAAUAAGGCAGAAUUGGUAGACGCCCAGACAGGUACGUCCAUUAGAAGCUUCACAUUAUCAGACGUUGAGCCAAAGACGCUAAAAGUUUUUCAUGACCAGCCUACCCACUGCAGAUUUUGCGGGAGUGCAUCGGUUGCUUCUCUAUCGAUUGCCUACACAGAGAAAUCGACCAAAACACUGGUCAUGCAUACAUUUAAGCUUGAGAGCCGCACAAAAACUAGCAUAUGCUUGCGUGUGGAGAGAGAUCCUAGGGAAAUUCGCUGCUUAGGCCUCGAGUCGGUUGUCGAGAAGAAGCAUUACAUGGAAGAAGCAGAUUGUUGGAACGUAACAGACAAUAAUUUAAUUAUUGGUCUUAAGCGGCGGAAUAAGCUCAACCAAGCAGAAAAUAAUAGCCACGCGAUUGUGAGAAGUGUAUCAGAGGGCGUUAGAACAGGGGACUGCAAACUGCGAAAUAGGGUCGAAAGCCGAAGCAUGAAGCAUUCGGCAUCUUUGGAAUAUAAUAUUCAUGAAAUUUGGGAAGGAUGGACUAUGACAGUAAACGGAAAAGUUCAGUAUUACAAGAUUCCCGCAGGAGUUAACGGUUUGCUCACCAACAGGAUAGGACCAGUCGAGAAAUUCGGCGCUAAGGCAAUAGUUGCAGCAUUUGGCAAUAUUAUGAAGCUCUUUUACCUGGGUCGCGAAGAACUCAUUUUAGCGACAGAUGGUACCAAUACGAAUGAGGACGACACCGGCUUGAACUUCGUGAACAAGCGAAGAAAAAGGCUCAGCGAAAGGAAGACCUCUAAUAUCUAUACUCAGUUGUGA